AGCCAGGCUGAGCAGUGAGUCCAAGGAGGUGAGCCAUGGUCAGUGAAUUCAACUUCAUCGUAUGCAAGCACCUACCGAUCUGUUAAGCACUCGUUCAACUCCUCUACCACAAGAAGUCGCACUAAAAACACACACAACACUGCUCCGUAAUGGCAGUCGAUCGACGAUUCUGUACGAUUUCAAAUGGCCCAAAGGACGACAACACGAAUCCUGGGAGUCCACGUUUGGCACUCCUCAUGAGCAUACUACCCAUCAUACAAUGUCACCAGAUGCUUUCCCUGAGCAAGGUAUUGUUCAUGCAAGACCGCGCAAGAUGGCGCGGUACGGCAGUUGUAUCGAGGGUUACGACAGCUGGUUCGCAGGCCCUGCCGGAGCUGAAAGCCUUGACGGCACGGCCAGUUUGAAGCCAGAACCCUCGAUCUGUCACUCUGGAUUCCAUCCUCUUGACUGUCGCGACGGCGAUCAUUCCCCCGGAGGGCAUCGCAUUGACUGAAAUACGAACAUGAGCUCAGCUCACCUCCCUCUUCUCGCCGUCGCACCAUCACGAUCCUCACGGCAAUGCUCCCUCGGUGAAUGCAAUAGUGGAGGCCUGCCAUUGGCAUUCCUUUCAUGCGAUAUGACCUGGCCAAUGUAAGUAAUGCCUCACGACGACAUAGCCAGCUUCUGCCUGGCUGCGCCGUGGCAUUACCUAUCGAGGGAAGGAUCUCGGUGAACUCUGCGCCGCGGAGAAGACGACAUGCGCUGUAUACCUGGAUCUG